AUGGUUUGUAUAUUAGGAAUUGAAGGCUCAGCAAACAAAAUCGGAGUGGGCAUAAUUCGAGAUGGUGAGGUCCUGUCAAAUCCGCGGGCGACUUUUCAUGCACCACCCGGAGAAGGCUUUCGACCCAGCGAAACCGCACAACAUCAUCGUCAACAGAUUUUGAAGAUUCUGACGAAAGCGCUCAGUGAUGCAAACAUCAGAGAUCCCGAAAAAGAGAUUGAUGCCAUAGCAUUUACGAAAGGACCGGGCAUGGGAGCUCCUUUACAGGUUGGUGCUAUAGUUGCUCGCACACUAUCGUUGACAUGGUCUUUGCCCCUAAUACCCGUUAAUCACUGUAUUGGUCACAUCGAAAUGGGCCGUCUUAUUACGGGCGCACACAAUCCUGUAGUAUUGUAUGUUAGCGGAGGAAAUACGCAGGUAAUUUCAUAUUCUCACUACAAAUAUCGCGUAUUUGGAGAAACAAUUGAUAUAGCUGUAGGCAACUGUCUUGACAGAUUUGCCCGCGUUGUCAUGUUGCCAAAUGAUCCCAGCCCUGGUUAUAAUAUUGAGCAAGCAGCCAAGAAAGGAAGCAAGCUUGGCGAAUACACCAUAGAAGAUCUGUGCUUUUCCCUCCAGGUAAUCAAUGUGAUAUUUUUUUUCAAACAGUUCUCAGUUUUCACCUUUAAGGAGACCGUUUUCGCUAUGCUA